AUGCAGGAAGAAGUGUCGCUUGCUGGACUUGGGGGUUCGCGCUGUGGGACCGGGGGGGGAGCUCAGCCCCUCAUGAUGAGCCUUGCGAAUACACCGUUUUUCGACAAGGCUUUCGGGCCAGCUCCCCAGCAAAGAGGUCUCGGAGCUCAAAAACCACCUCCACCAGCUACAAUAACCCUCCCAACUCCACCUACUCCAACAGCUGCAGAGACCCCAAGAACGCCAAUGCCGCCGUCUACUUUAGGAGUAACCGCUUCACUAGCAAAAUCAAUGCAAGAAGCCGGAGCAAACGAGGCCUCUACGGCCCGAAGCCAGGUGCCUCCUGUUGCUGUUGCUGGCGGGGUGGUUCCUGCACCAGCAGAACCCACAGCUCCUCCACAGCAUCAUGCUCACUCCCUGGAUGUGAAAGAUAUAGUGCAGAUGGCUCAAUCGGUUUCUGAAGUGUCAUCUUCGACGUCGCCUCCUGACGGAUCUGUGGGUUUUGAUGCUGGCGCUUCUCCCCCUACUUCUGCGUUUGGGGGUGACUCUCGUGACGCCGUUGGAGGGCAGGCGAGUGGCGAAGGGGGGCCCCCUAUUUUGGCACUGCCACGGAGCUCUUCUCCGGAGCAUGACGCCGUCGGCUUGGAGGCAGCCGUGACGCCAGACGACCCGGCAAGCAAGCAGCUGCAAGAACUGCUCCUCGGGAGCGGCACUAAUACCAGCGGCGCAAAUGCAUGGCCGAAGGCUCUAAGGCUGGAGGCUCACGGUGUGUGGGUGGGUGCUCAGACACUCCGCUUGCUGCUCUUCACCGGCAGCGAAGCCUCAGACGAGUGCCAGGAACGACGCGAUAUCACGGCAACGGGAAGCAUCUACACCUACGUGUCGCUUGGAGACGCUAGAAAUUUUCUUGGGCCUCCAGAGGGGUUUUUGGGGGCUGCUUCGGCGGAUUCUCUCUUUGUUUAUGUCGUCUGUAGCGAACCCUGCAAGCCGCACUUGACCGCGCAUCUAAAUAGCCUCUCUGCCGCUGACACCAACGCCAAUAAAAUACGCUGCGGGGUGUGGGGUGUGCUCAGUGCGCCGCCGAGGGAACCGGAGGGGGCUUCUCGUGUAGCACGGUCUCUGGAAGGGCCUCCCGGCACUCAGCAGCUCAUUUCGUGUUGCAUUGCACGCAAGAAAACGGCUGCUUUCUUUUCGGGGUUGAGUGUUUCGGGUGCCGUACGUACGCCUCAGACAUUGAGCAAAAAGCAGCAAGUGGCGACCUCGAGCGAUCUGCAGGUGUCUUCGCCGUUCGUGUUGUUAGCUGCUUGGGACUGUGUUCCUCAAACUGUCACGGAGGUGGAAGACAAGUGGUAUGACGGCUCUUCUGAGGAAGACUCUGAAGAGGCCGCUGCCGGCGCUCAGUGCGAGACCAUUGGACCCCAGGGAACGAUUGGCGGCACGGUGUACCUGUCAGCUCGACUGUUUUGUGCGUCUCUUGGAGGCGGGGAUGGUCUAGCAAUGGAGGGCUUGGGCUGCGGCAUCUCAGGAGUUCAGAGUCACGCACUUUUUCUGGGUUGUGCUGCAGAAAAGGAUGGAGUGCUGCACGUGCUGGUUCAUCUGCGGGCGUAUAUGAAGGCCUCGCAGGAUUUCAUUCUCUCCGUGGGGGCCCCUACGGCCAUCACGGCUGUUAGCAUGGAGCAGUCUCUGGAUAUCAUUAUGCCGGAAAACAGCUUGCGGCUUUUUAGUUUCAAGUUUGAGGAGUCUGCCUUCGACCCGGCAGCAUAUUGCACCCCUCAGCUUGUUCCUCAGAGGGAGGGCAAAGAUAAGUAUCAUCCAUUUCUUGUCACGGCCUUCGCCCUGGACGGAGAGCCCCCGGGCAUUGCCUGUUGUAACGCAUCAAGAGAAACGCAUCCCGAUCCCGCGCUGUCCACAAAAGAGCAGCCGGAAUGCUGGCGGACAAACGAGGCGGAGUACAACGGGUUGGUGGCUUUGCGGGUUAGGACCGACCAUCGCCGGGCUCAGGCUCCGUACGGAGAGUUUAUCUGCGGCGUACGAUCCCGCGAGGCGUCGCAUGCUCUUUUUCGAUUGACUUUGUCGAGCGAAAGCAGCAAGCAGGACCCUAGGCUCUUUGAGAUCCUGGAUAUCGACAACGUGACCUUCCUCAGCCUUAUUCCCUACUCUCAGUCCUGCCACUACGAGCAUGCAGCGUUCAGCACGGACAAGUCGGGAGGACCCCUGACCCUCAAACUCACUAAGCAGAAGGGCCCGUCACCCGCUGAGACGUGUGUCUUUCCUUGCCAGUCUGCUCUUACGCCGCUCGCCAUCUGCUCAGUACGCAUGCAUGCAUGGCUUCAAGCCCUUAUCCCCGAUUUCCUGGCCUUCGGCUCUCCAGGGCUGCGCAGGCAGGCUUUGCUAGUCUGCACUGCGCGUCUGUGCGCAUUUGAGUGCAGUUUCUCGCUGCUGCUGCACAGACAGAGCGCUGCCGAUGCUCACGUGUCCUCGGUAAUGCUGCAUAAUGGAGUGCCCUUUUUUGCUCGGCUGCAAGGCGAUUGGCACGGGGGUCGGGCCUUCCGCUUUGGAAAGGUGGAUGGUAGGGAAGGCUACAAGGCUCCUCCUAUAGCCUCAGAGGCGGGGGAGACUGGAGACCUUUCCUGCACGCUGAUGGUCACUCAGGCGCAUUUGAAAGACCUCGAAGCUGCAGACAGUCCUUUGGCCUUUCAUCUGAGCUUGGUAACGAGCGACACACUGACGGAUGCCUAUGUCUUUCCUCCAGGCGCCACCGUGCCAUAUACUUUUGACGCCAACCGGCUGACGCCCCUAUCGGCGGUCAUCCGGCUAGAGCGAAAGCAUGCGGAGAGCGCCCUUCAGGUGGAUCCAGAGAAAGCUGUAGGUCUCUGGAAGAUUCUGUUCAGCACUGCAACGAAGGAUUCCCCAGUGUCGCUCCAGAUCACCGCAAGUGUAGGAGCCCUUGCCGAUGGCAGCGUGCGGGUGCACAGAAGUCCAAAACUCCAAGUCAUUGAAUCACGGGCGCAACACCUCAUGGACGGGGUGCAUGUCGCCGAGGACAUAUCUGCGGAUCCUUCCGACCCAAACCACAGAAAAAUCUUUAUCUUCCCGCUUACGUUCAGCUUGGAGCUCGCUGGAGGGGUGCCUGUUGAAUCCGCCAUGCGGUGCGCAGCGACGCGUUUCGGAGCUACCUCAGUUCGACUCUUUGCGAAUGCAGUAACAUGGGGCGACACGGAGGUGCCCAAGGGAUUCAAGGCGUUUCCUGCCGAGGCUUACAAACUGCCCCUACCUGAGGACCCUAAGCAGGGAGAGGGUUCUACUCAGCUGGGACUAGAAGCUGCCUACGUUAUCGUCGCGGAGGGCUUUAAUUCCACACAUGCCGCCAAUCCCGUGGCGCCUGACCCCGAGAAUAGAGGCCCUUCUCUUCCAGAAACGAAAGCACCAAACACAGCAGCAGCAGCUCAGGCGGCAGCAGCAACGCCCACGGACGCGCAGUACGACAAGUUCUCCAUCACGUGCAGCUUUCUUCGGCAUGCUAUACCGCUCGCCAUCGGCGAACCCGCAGAGGGCUUUCUUGGUCCCGAAGAGGAAAGGUUGUUUGUCUUGCAGGUCUUAAACUUAUCCAAAGACAUCAUUUUGACGCUAACGAGUGGCGCAGUCGGCGAUGCAGGGAUGUACGUUGGUGCACGGCGAGACGUAUCAAACCUGAAUGUGGAGAGUGGGGCUGAUGCUUUUGUGGCCGUUGAGAAGGCAGCAAACCUUCGGGAUUUAACACCUUUGAGUGAGGGGUCGGCCCAGUGGUGGACGGACGGAUUGGCUUCUCCGGAUAUAAAAAUCCAUCAUACAAAGGUAGCCCUUCAGCAGAGGGCGCUCUCUUGUACGUUCCCCGACUCACAGGCGGAGGUUGCUGUUACAGAGCAGGUAUCUCAGGCGACGAAAGUAUCUCAGGCGCUUGACCUCUGUGUCUUGAGAAUUGAUGUUGCGUCCCCGGUGCCGCAACCCUUUUCCAUAACGCUGGAUGGCAGUCACUCCUCCGCUAUUCCUGUCACACCCAUCGCUUCCGGAGCUCCUGUGCGAGGUGUCCUUCACCGGGGAAGUACUGACUACUUUCGAAUAGACCUGCAUCCAACAUUGAUCGAAACUGAUGAGGACGCUGCCCUAAAGAUAGCCCUCGAGAGUACAGGUUGUGGAGUUUCGCUCUCGCUGCGAUGGCCAGAUGGGGAGGUGAAAGCCUGGCCUUAUCCGGAUAAUCGACAGAUCAUUGUAACUCGAAGGGCUAGGCCGUGGACGGAGGGCUUCUUUCUUCUUCUUGUACGUGGUUGCGUACCACCCCUGUGCUCCGGCUCUCUUGUCAUGUCUACUCUCGCGCUGUGCUUGUUUGCCUCUUCUUGCCGCCCUGUCGGUUAUGCUCGGAAGUUUGUGGUCUCUUGGCCUUUCAAGGCGAAUAUAUAUAGCCCUGUUGCUCCCAUCAAAGCUGUGCGUGUCUCUAGUGCUGAGAUGUGUUCUUACGAGCUGCUCGCAAAAAUAGAAGCUUCUGCCUCCGAGUCACCCCCCGCGCGAGUGUUGCGGACGGGUUUCCCAGUGCGCGGAACAAUCCGCGCGGGCAUCCCCGAGCGAUUUGUCUGGAGCCCCUCUGUAGUUUCUGAAAAAGCAGACGCCUUCGCGAACGAGCUUUUGACGCUACGGGCGACCUCAGUCACUCACUCCAUUGACGUCUACGCCGCCAGACUCCAACCCGAGCAAGGUUUCCCGCAGCAACCACCUCCGGGAUCCGAUCCUCCUCCGGGAGUCUUUAAGCUCCAGCCCUACAGCGACGACCCCAAUACACUUUAUCUCAACAUCGGUCACGCGUGGGCUCUUGUGGGAAGUGAAGACUUUGAGACGGCCUGUGCUCCCAGCAACCUUAGGGAGGCGAAGGGGCUGAAGGGCGGCAUGUCGGAUGAAGACGGGCCCCUUCAAUCUGUGGCAAGCUGCCAGCUACUUAUUUCUGUCUUUGAUAGACACGCACAGGAGCAAGACAUGCCUCGAGACGUGGACUUUACAUUAGUUGCGACUUCGCGGUUGAAGGAUUAUUUUAUCCAAUGCGCCUUUGAGGAACCCCUGGAUUUGGUGUUGCAAAUGUUUCUACAGACUAAUGGAGUUAAAGUAUUGCUGCUGUCUCUCGACAACGUCUCCGCAGAUGUCUCUCUCAGGCUCACAUCCAGCGAUGCAAAGCUCAUCAAGGAGAUGAGCGCUUGGUUGGACUACAGCGAAAGCCUUCUAAGUGACCCCAGCCCCUACUCGGAAAAGCGCUGUGUGCUGCCUGACCGGUCUGAGGGCCACGAGCCGCUGCUGCAGUUCGUUGCCAGGCAGCAAGGCAACUUUAUUCCUCUGCGCGAUAAUCACGAUGAAGCGGUUUAUUCCGUAGAGGCCAAAGCUCCAAAGUUUUUCUCCUUUGAAACCACGGUUGCGGGUGGCUAUUUGAUCGUGAGCCUGGAUGUCGAUAUACGAAGCGUGUCGUACGAGCAACAUGGGCGCUUUAAGAAAGCGGCUCAAGAUAUGCUGCAGUCCCUCAGCGUAUUCGUGCAGUCGUGCAACAACGAGACGUUUGGCAGGAGCAUGUGGAGUUCUAAUUUAAGACCCUCAGCCAGCCUUUACACCGACACAGCAUACCUUAACGAAUAUAACCAACUUGUCGCAGUCGUGGAAAACAAUAUGCACCAGUACAACAGCCCGGUUUGCCAAUACAGGAUAGGGGUCUAUUCCACCUCCCCCUCCCCUGUCUUCUUUAGGAUGAGGGCCUCUCUGCAGCACCAGUCAACAGCCCGCGUACUCCCUUUGGGCCUCCCCAUGCUAGGCUACAUCUCGCGCAAGCCCCAGAUGAAGCUCCGGAGGGCUGGAUCAUCGGCCUUCAUGUUUAUCGCUGACUACUUUGCCAUUCGAGUGUGGAAGCCAGCUAACAAGUCUGAGAGGCUCCUACUGUCAGUGCAGGUGAGACCAGGGUUAAGGGGCAUACGCAUGGAUUCAGAAAGACUAGUACAGCUAGAUAGGAGAACACAAGGUGGUGCAGAUGGCAGGAGUCUGAGCAGAGGGAAAGAGACGAUGAUAGGCAGCCAGAAAGCGCGCGAAGCUCCUGCUCCGCUAGGCCGGGCUGCGGCUCAACCCAUCCCUCUCAAAGCAUGCAGCGGCGGAGUCGGUUUUGGCUGGGGUACCAAUAAAGUGCAGGUGCGCAUCCAGGCGGAGAAAAAUCCUUGGUUUCUAGGUACUCUCAAGAGCAUUGAAAGGUCUCAAACGCAGGAGAUUCUGGCCAAGCAGGGCCUUAUUAGCUUGGUCGUCCCGAGCUCGAGUUUGAACUAUGUGGGUGCCUCCGUGAGGGCGGCGAGUCACUACCGUUCCGAAGGGUUUACUGGGGGGAAGAGCUCCAGCUUUUCCAUCCGCAUUGACCCUCUUGACUCUGUCAUAUGCCUGGGAGCGGAAAACAUUGAUGUGAACUGGAGGUUGCGCACUGCCACUUGGCUGCCUCGCCUGUGGGGAGAAGAAUCCAAACGACUCACUGCUGAUAUCUGGUGGAGUCCUCUUAUGGCGGUACCUGCGGUGGAGACGGUUAUUGAAAGCAGCAGCGACUCAGGGGACUGGGGGUGCGCAUCGCACGACGUCGCGGUGCGGGGAUCGGCGGUGCCUCCUGACUCGGUAGAAUACGAGCUCUUUGUGGCGAAGACAGACAAGGUUCAAGGCAAUUGGCUGUCAAGCUGUGGGAUGUAUCAAGACACUUUUCUCUUGGGAGCGGCCGAGAAGAUCAGCAUUCCAGAAGGCGUUCUUGCCUACUCUUUGGACCUCGACUUUGAGAGCGGUUCUGGUUACAGGAUCGGAUUAGUGGCCAAAUACGUAAUCCCUGGAACAGCUGGAGUGGCGCAGCCGUUUGCAUACCGCUUUUCAGAAAUCCCCCCCGACGUGCAAAACCAGGGUUUCAGGGCUGGAAGCGUCUCCAUUGUCGUCCUGCUUAUUGUCCUCGCAGUUAUUGUAGUCCUGGUGUGCAAGCUUUUCAGACGAGGGCCAGCAGUUGCACACGUUUUCCAGGGGAUACUGUCUACCAGCAGGAUGAAGACUUUCUCUAGGGCUGGCAAGUCAACAUCACGUUUGCCGUCGGAUGGCCUGGAGCUAACUCGGACGGUAAAUUCAUCAUAUGGCCCCGUACCCAUCACGAUUGGCUGCGUAGAUGAAGGCCCUAUGCACGAAGGAGACCCAGUUGACGUUACAGCCAGGGUAGCGGAUCUCCCAGGGAUGGGAGAAACGCCGUGGCUUUUUUGUGAUCGCUCAUGA